GGAGUGGAAAACAUUAGACACGGUAUAUAUCAGAAUUUAAAAAAUGUUUUGGUCAAAAUUCUGAAAGUGUCUUCCGAGGAAUAUGAUGAUAUAAUGCAUACAUCGGUGAAAGAAAUGAGAGAACUUAAUAGCUAUCACUUUGGA